GUAUAAGCUGGACGCAGGGGGAGGGUCCCACCUGUUGUUUUUCCUUUUGCCUUUUUUAAUCGGGAAAUUCACAAUUCCACAUUUUUAAAGCCCGGCGCACAAAAGGCGGUGGAACAGCGGCGCGGCGCGGCGGAGGGAGCAUAUAUAUAUAUAAACAUACACGACACCGACCAGAUCGACGCGGCACUAAUUUAAAUAAUUAUCGCAUUAUAGGAGGGUGUAUGUGUCUUUGUCAGCUGCCGUACGUCCGUGGAGGAAUCGGAUUCGUUCUGGGAUUGGUCGGAGAAGAGGACGGAGAUGAAGUUCGGGGAGACAUUUACGGAGUACAUUCACGAGGACGAAGGCAGCAAGCUGUCCUAUGUCGAAUACAAAAGCCUCAAGAAGGUUCUCAAACGUUGCUCCGCAUGCAACAACACCUUGAAGGGGUCCGAUGAAUGCUGCUCCAUGUGUGAUCAAACGUUCUUUCCUGAGCUGAAGAAAGAGGCUUCUAACAUCGCGGGGUGUUUUAGCUCUAGAGUGAGAAGGCUUCUCAGGCUCCAUACGGCUCCAGGGGUUCAAAGAUGUUUCACAUCUUUGCGUCACUGUUUUACUGAUAAUCAGCAGGCCAUGGUCCAAGAGUGUCACAUGUUAAUGCAAUAUGCAGCGAUGAAUGCUAUUGCUAUGCGCAAAAUCCUCAAGAAGUAUGACAAGAUUCAUGGCUCUGUCAAGGGGAAAAAUUUUAAAUCUGCAAUAAGAGAUGAACACUUGGAGAUUCUGCAAUCACCGUGGUUGAUUGAGUUAGGAGCUUUCUAUUUGAACUUCAAUGCCUCAAAUGAUGGGAGCUCCAAAGAGCUCUUCAGCUCUUUCUCUUGCGAUUUUGACCCCUCGGAGUUUUCACUCACUUUGAAACUUCCAGAUGCAGUGAAAUUAGAGUACAGCCUAACAUGUGCUGUUUGCCUGGAUUUUGUAUUCAACCCUAUAGCUUUAGGGUGUGGCCAUCUGUUCUGUAAAUCAUGUGUGUGCUCUGCAGCGUCCGUAAUGAUGUGUGAGGGUCUAAAGGCUGCAAGCAAGGACUCAAAAUGUCCCAUUUGUCGACAGGUGGGCGUUUACACCGAUGUAGUGCACAUGAUGGAAGUAGAUUUGCUUUUGAAGAGGAGUUUUAGAAAGACAUGGAAAGAAAGGCUGGUUUAUGAACGCGCUGAGGCGGUGAAGCAGUCAAGGCUGUUUUGGGAACUGCAAACGAGACUCCAGUAUGUAUGCUUAUGCUUUUGCAUUUGAUGACGACGACGAUGACGAUGCUGAAGGUUUAUACUCCUCCGUUGUGAAUAUCGACACAUUUUGAUUUCACGGAGUUUAAGAAAAAAUUGAAAAAUAAAAUUGGACGGGUUCAUGCAUUUGUUUAGGAAACGAGGGAGGAAUUACUCUUCUACCCCUAUUGAAUUAUUUCUCUAGGAGUAUUGUAUAAGGUCAUGAUGGAAUUACUCUUCUACCCCAUCCAUUCCCCUCUAUCCUCUUUUAACAAAUCCAAGACCUUUUGUGUCUGUUCUUGGCUGGUGCUCAAGUUUUAUGUUUUAAACAUUACUACAUUUUUUUUCAAUCCAGUAUGUAUGCUUAUGCUUUUGCAUUUGAUGACGACGACGAUGACGAUGCUGAAGGUUUAUACUCCUCCGUUGUGAAUAUCGACACAUUUUGAUUUCACGGAGUUUAAGAAAAAAUUGAAAAAUAAAAAAGUGAAUGGUUG